AGGAGCAAUGGACACCAAUUCAACAACACCCUAUUUUGCCUCUUCUCGAAACUUCAGUGUCUCUGAUAUCAUUGUGAUUGUGGCUUAUUUUGUGCUGAAUGUGGCGGUUGGAAUAUGGUCCUCUUGCAGGGUGAGUCGUAACACUCUGAGUGGCUACUUCCUGGCUGGCAGAGACAUGGCGUGGUGGCCGAUCGGGGCAUCUCUGUUUGCCAGCAGUGAGGGCUCAGGCCUCUUUAUCGGAUUGGCUGGCACUGGGGCAGCAAGUGGGAUUGCAGUGGCCGGGUUUGAGUGGAACGCUACCUAUGUUCUUUUGGCCCUGGCCUGGGUGUUUGUCCCCGUGUACAUAUCCUCUGGGAUAGUGACCAUGCCUGAAUACCUUGGGAGGCGCUUUGGAGGCGAGAGAAUCCGAAUGUACCUAUCUGCCCUGUCACUGCUGCUCUCUGUCUUCACCAAGAUAUCGACAGACCUAUACUCUGGAGCCUUGUUCGUCCAGGUGUGCCUUGGGUGGAAUCUCUAUGUGUCCACUGUUCUUAUGCUGGUGGUGACCGCUCUCUACACUAUAGCAGGUGGUCUGGCCGCAGUCAUUUACACUGACACUCUGCAGACCUUCAUCAUGAUCAUUGGAGCCAUCAUUCUCACCAUUACAGCGUUUAACAAAAUCGAUGGCUAUCAAAAUCUGGAGAAAGUCUACUUGAAUGCAAUACCGGCAAAGAUCAUCCCGAACACAACAUGCCACCUGCCGCGAGCCGACGCCAUGCAUCUGUUCAGAGACCCGGUGGCAGGCGACCUUCCCUGGACUGGCAUGACCUUUGGCCUCACCAUCCUUGCAACAUGGUAUUGGUGCACCGACCAGGUCAUUGUGCAAAGGUCCCUAUCAGCCAAGAACCUGAGUCACGCGAAAGGUGGAUCUAUUCUGGCCAGUUAUCUCAAGAUGCUACCCAUGAUCUUAAUAAUCCUGCCAGGGAUGAUAAGCCGAGCACUCUAUCCAGAUUCGGUUGCCUGUGUUGAUCCUGAGGAGUGUGUCAAGGUGUGCGGUGCAGAAGUGGGAUGCUCCAACAUUGCUUUCCCAAAGUUGGUUAUUGAACUCAUGCCUAGUGGCCUACGUGGUCUCAUGAUCGCUGUGAUGAUGGCGGCCCUCAUGUCCUCCCUCACGUCCAUCUUUAACAGCAGCAGCACGCUCUUCACCAUUGACAUCUGGAAGAAGUACCGCAAGAACGCCAGCGAGCGGGAGCUGUUGCUCGUCGGGAGGAUAGUCACAGUGAUCCUGAUUGUUGUCAGUGUGGUGUGGAUCCCAAUCUUGCAGUCCGCCAACAGCGGCCAGCUCUUUGUCUAUAUCCAGUCUGUGACCAGCUACCUCGCCCCUCCUGUCACUGCAGUGUUUGUUCUUGCUAUUUUCUGGAAGAGAACGAACGAAUCAGGUGCAUUCUGGGGGCUGAUGGUGGGGCUGGUGAUCGGACUGACCCGGAUGAUCUUGGAGUUCAUCUACCCUCCUCCACGGUGUGGCGUGUUUGACCCACGGCCAUCUGUCCUGAGGAGUGUCCACUACCUCCACUUUGCUAUCAUCCUCUGUGCACUGACCGCAGGUGUUGUCGUGGUGGUCAGUCUGCUGACAGAGCCUCCCACUUCAGCACAGAUGAAAAACCUAACUUGGUGGACCCUGUCUGUAGAGAAAGCCACUCCUGAAAUCCAACUGCAGAAAAUAUCACCGGCAAACGUACCAUCGGAGCGAAGGAAAAACAGUUUAGAACCAGAAGCCCAGGAUCAGUGUUCCUUGACCAGCCUCUUCUGCAACACUCAGCCCCAACCCGAAGAAACUCCUAAACCCAGACCCGUCCACAGCACCUACGAGAACCCGUUCUGGUCGCGGUUCUGCUGCGUCAAUGCUAUCAUACUCAUGUGCAUUAACAUUUUUUUGUAUGCGUAUUUUGCAUAGCAUUGCAUGUUUUUUUUUGGAGUGUCUUACAGUUUUACAAAUUGUUCAAUAGAAAAAAUGUCCAGAUUCCAGAAGGGUGAAAAACCACAGAUUAAAGAUUGUUCAAGAAAUACAGGUGUUUUACCAAAAAUUUUACAGAAACUACAGGAACGCCAUCAUUUUGAGUUUACGCAACAUGCUGUAAUGCCAUUGUUUAAUAUGUUUUGUUUAACCCCUUAUAUACACUGGAAUUUUUAGGAAAUAAAUAAAAUGUAUGACACAAAUAAAUACAAUCAUAUAUGUUUAUCAUUUACACAUUUUAUAGUUUAUUGCCUACACAGUAAAAUGAAUAAAGCAAGUAAAGUAAAACUAAGGGUUUUAAGUGGGAAAUUAGUCUGCCUAAGCUUAGCUUUAGCUCAGAUCUCAUCUCUACUCUACUUUGCUAAUGAGUGCUCUAGUGCAAAAUGAGAAACAGCAUGGAUACCCACCAGGGACAUUAACAUUUUGAGUUAUUUGUUUCUAGUUUUCAAACAUUAACAGAUGACUGGUACAUAGAUUGCUCUGGAAUAAACCCUUUGUACAAUAAUUCA